AUGGGACCGAUGCCGAGAUAUUUGCAAAUCAGACAAUUCAUUGGCCAAGACCUGCUUGCUCUCGAAGGAUGCUUUCCAAAUCAGGAGUUUGUUGAUUACACUCGGCAAAUGUUCAAAUGGAAUCACACAAUGUGCCAUUUGUACAUUGCGUAUUAUCGGUUUCUGAUUGACUAUCCAGUGUUUGUGUACUCUGGCUUGCCUUGGACUACAAUUCGCAAUGAAUGCAUUCUCUGGAGGAGAUGGCUGGAUAGCGAGGAAGCAAAUGCUUUACCAACAUCCGAUUAUUCGUCGUCUUCAUUCUGGGAGGGAACCUUACCACCUUAUCGAGAGAACCAAAGUAAAUCUAAACCAAGCGAAUCUCCAUCCAGCUUCCAUUCGUUUGAGGAGGAAACGGAGGGCGAAGGUGUAGCAACUGGAAGUGAAAUGGUGAUUUCAACAAGUCUCAGCAAUCUAAACAUUUGA